CUCCGUGUUAACACGUUCAUCGCCAAGCAUAAAUUCGGAAAAUUUUCAAAAUUGAUUUUUGUUCAUAUCGUCCAAAAUGGUGUAAAACGUAUGGGUACAUGUGUAUUUAUUUAUUUUAUUUUAUUUUUUAAUGGGUUCAUGAUGUUUUUCUAGCGCCGGUCAUUUUGACCCGGCGCGGCCUAAACGUAAUAAUUAUUACAAACAGGCCGCGCCGGUCAUAACGCCGGUCACGUUUUCACGCGGUUAUGAGCGUGUUCUGUUGACAUACGUCCGGUACGCGUGAGUGCGUCACUCGCAAUGCUAGCGGUCGGGGGCGCAAGCGCUCCCUGUUAGCCUCCCCGCUGGGAUCCUUCACCCCCUCGUAUUGACCAAUCAUUGUCGAUGUACACUCUUUCGUUUCUGGUGUCAAGUUGCAGUUUUUGUUUUUUAGUUGUGUUUGUUACGUGUUUGAUUGCAAAGUACAGCGCUAGAAUUUUAGUGAUUUAUUAGAUAAUGGAAGUUUUUGAGGACUUUGAACUUACCCAAGAGCAAAUACUUCACUUACAAAGUUUAGAAACACUGCAUCAAAGCGAAAAUGCUACGUUCGACGAGCCAGAAGAAGUUUUUCAAAUUCCGCAAUCAAGAAAACGUCGUCGAAUUUUAUCGGAUGAAGAAGAAGAUGAGCCUGUAUCACCCUCUUUAUCAGGACAUACGCCACCGUCUGCAAAAUGGUUCAGACCAAGAGGUAAGCAGCCACGUAUAAUACCUUUCACGGAAAUACCUGGGCUGAAACCAUACGCACUGAGGCAAGAACUGUCCAGCGGCGAACCAGGGGAUUUCUAUUCUCUUUUAGUGAAUGAGCAGAUGUUUCAACAUAUUGCCGACCAAACCAAUAUUUUUGCACAGCAAACUAUUGAUAAAGCUAGCACAAAAGCAAAGUCAAGAGUAAAAUUGUGGGUACCAACGGAUAAGGAAGAAAUAAAACGAUUUUUCGGUUUGAUUAUUUGGAUGGGCAUUGUAAAAUUACCUAAAGUAGUAGAUUAUUGGUCUGUUGACGAAAUGUUGGGUCAAGAUUUUGCAAAAAAAACUAUGAGUCGCAACAGAUUUGAGUUGCUUUUGAGAAUGCUCCAUUUUUCUGACAACACAGUGGCAGUCAAAAAUGACCGCCUAAGUAAAAUAAGGACCGUCGUAGAUAAUUUGAACCAUACUUUUGCGUUCCAUUUCACCCCCAACGAAUAUUUGUGUGUCGACGAAAGCAUGAUACCGUUUCGGGGUCGAAUUAUAUUUCGACAAUACAACAAAUCAAAGAGACACAAAUAUGGUAUCAAAUUAUUUAAGUUGUGUACUACACCCGGGUAUACAACAAAGCUAGAGGUAUAUGCAGGGAAGACGGUAGAUUCGGACUGCAACACACCAACAAAUGUCGUGCUCAAUCUAGCACACAACUUACUAGGAAAAGGUCACACGAUGUUCGUAGACAAUUGGUACACGAGUUUGGAAUUAGCCGAGAAACUUAUUCAGCAGGACACUCAUCUGGUGGGUACACUAAGGAAGAAUAGGAGGAAUUUACCAAAAGACGUUAUGAAUGCCAAUCUAAAACCUGGAGAAUUUAUUGCUAAAGAAAAUGAAAGUGGCGUGACAGUUAUGAAAUGGAAGGAUAAACGCGAUGUCUAUUUGCUAUCAACCAAACAUUCUAUUGGAUUUAUCAAAAAAAAUAAUAAACGAGGAGAAGAAAAAAUUAAACCGAAAAUCGUAAUCGAUUACAAUAAAGCAAAAGCGGCAGUAGACUUAUCUGACCAGAUGACUGCCUAUUCAAGCCCACUUAGAAAAACUUUGAAAUGGUAUAAGAAACUGGGCAUUGAAUUAUUGCUCAACACUGCUGUCGUAAAUGCCAGAGUUCUUUUUCAGAGUACUACCAAAAAAAAGAUGCCAGUCGUAGAUUUUCGGAAAUCCCUGUCAAAAUACCUAAUAUGUAGUACUAAAGAAAAUAUCACACAAUCUGCACCCAGACCAAAAAGACAAAAGCAUGUGCUAAAGAAAAAUGAAGGUUCGGCUGUCAAGACAAGAAAAUUUUGUCGCGAUUGUUACAAAAAAAAUGUGGCAUUGCAUGGGAGAAAAGUCGCCAAGAAUAAGACAAAAAAAGUGACUUGGUUCUGUCCUAUUUGUCCUGACAAUCCUUAUUUAUGUCGUGAAUGUUUUGACCAAUGCCACUAAAUUUAAAUUGUAAGGAAUCCUUACAUAAUUAUUGUAUUUUUAUAAUUAUAGUUAAUUUCUUACUUGAUAGAAAUUUUUGUCAUUGUUUUCCUGAAUUGUUGAUUAUUUUUUUAUAAUUGUUUUUUACUUAAAUAAUAAUUAAGGCUAUGGCAAUAAUUAUUUGAUUCAAUUAAACUAAUACACAAACUUUUAUAGACAUUCUAAUAAGAAAUUAAAAAUUUUGUAUUGAA